AUGACUCUGUCCUUCAAGCCUGAUGUUUCCUCAGAGACAGACACUAGAGGAGGAGAGGAGGAGUUCACCCCUCCAACCAUCACCAUCACUCCUUCUGUGCAAGAUGCAAUCUUCCCUACAGAAGAGAAUGAGGAUGAGCGUUUCCACAUGGAGGUAGAGGAGGAGAGGGAGCAGCAAAGAAUUGACUUUACAAAGCUGGUGGCUGGGAGACAAAAGAGAGGUGCCUGGGGGAAGAGGAAACAUGUACCUACAGUGGAGGCCAAAGCUUACAGAAUAACCACUGACACAGAAAUCAACUGCAGGGGCAUCGGCAUGACUCAACUGCCAAUCAUCCACAAUCUGGAGGCCACAAAGCUGGAUGCGGCAGAGAACAACAUCCAAAGCAUCACUCCAGACGUUUUCUCCGGCUUGCCGAACCUGGACACACUGGACCUAAGCAAAAACAACCUCUAUGAUGAGUCCUUCAGCCAAAACCCCCUGUCUAACUUGACCUUUCUGAAGAGGUUGAACUUAGAUGGCAACCAACUUACCAGGAUCCCGUCACUGCCACCAUCUCUGGAAGAGCUCAAGAUUAACAACAACCAGCUUAAUUCCCUCACCCCUCAUUGUUUCGAAGGUUUGAAGAACCUGUGGAAUCUGGAGCUGCAAGGGAAUAUUCUACACGAGGCCAGCGUGUCACCUGAAACCUUCAGACCAAUAAAGAAGCUUCUGUACCUCCAGUUGGACCAUAACCGCUUCCGUUCAUUGCCCCAGGGUCUUCCCUCAUCUCUGAAGAGGCUGGACAUGAAUGAUAAUCUGAUUGAUGAGGUGACAGAGGAGGUAGUGAGGGACUGCUUCCAUUUAAGAGCGCUGAACCUGAGUCACAACCUGCUGCAUGAGCAAGCCGUUGCUCACCAUGCCUGGACCCAUCUCAAAGCCCUGGAAGUCUUGGACCUGUCUUACAACCGAUUCACCUCAGUCCCCAUGAAUCUGCCCCGCCGUCUCAGUAAUCUGACACUUCAGCACAACGACAUCAGUCAAAUCCCUGCCUUCGCGUUCCGUCACCUGCAGCCGGGCCUGCAGUCGCUCCGUCUUUCCCACAAUUCCUUGAGCAACGAGGGCGCUGAGAGAGUUUCUUUUGUUGGAACGUACCGCUCACUUGUAGAGCUCCUACUGGACAACAAUCACCUGGGGGAGAUCCCACUCUCUGUUCGACAGUAUAAGAAGCUGCAGGUGCUGAGGCUGGAGAACAACCACAUCAGGCUGGUGAGGAAGUGGGGAGUGUGCCACCCUCGUAAUCCUGGCUCCACUUUGACUUCAGUCCACUUGGAAAAUAAUCUGAUGGAAGUGGAGAGGAUCCCCCCAAAUGCCUUUUCUUGUCUUGCUGAUGCCGGGGGGUUGGUCCUCUAUCCACAGCAGUGA